UAACGUCCUCGCGGAUUAUUUUAUUUCGUUUCACUGGGAAAUACAGUCGAUUAUUUUUUAAAUCAUUUUUGGAUGUGCUGAUGAUCGAUAUUAUACAACCAAAAACAGUAAAUAUACGGAUAAUCUGUUUUUAUUCGUUGGAAUGGGUGAUUGGUGUACGACAGGGCGCAGAGGCGGGUGGCAAGUACUGUUUUACAUUCUUUGUCUGAGCGCCCUAGAUUCUGUAACUGGGCAGGCACGAUAUUCCAUACCAGAGGAGCAGUCAGAGGGGUCGAUCGUUGGAAACAUUGGUAGAGAUUUGGGUUUGGAGGUGAAGAGACUGGUGUCCGGGAAAGCUCGCAUUAUAACAAAAGGAGCCCGACAGUAUGUAGAUCUGAACCGAGACAAAGGGCUCCUCGUUGUUAAAGAGAGAAUCGACCGAGAGGAGCUCUGCGGACAGACUACGCCUUGUAGCUUCAGCUUUGAGCUUAUCAUAGAAAACCCCAUUCAGUUAUAUCGAGUUACAAUUUUCCUCCAGGACCAGAAUGACAACGCGCCUCAGGUUCUGUAUCCAGUCCAGACUAGCAGCUCUCUGGUGGCUGAAAUGGUGCCUCGUUCAGCAGAUGUGGGCUAUCUUGUCACUAAAGUGGUGGCUGUUGAUGUGGAUUCUGGACAGAAUGCCUGGCUCUCGUAUAAACUGCAGAAAGCGACAGACAGGGCGCUGUUUGAAGUGGGCUUACAGAAUGGAGAAAUAAGAACUAUACGCCAAGUCACUGAUAAAGAUGCUGUGAAACAAAGGCUCACUGUUGUAGUGGAGGACAACGGGCAGCCCUCUCGUUCAACUACAGUCAAUGUUAACGUGGCGGUGGCGGACAGCUUCCCUGAAGUGCUCUCGGAGUUCACUGACUUUACGCACGACAAGGAGUACAAUGACAACCUGACUUUUUACUUAGUCUUGGCUUUGGCUGUAGUCUCAUUUCUGUUCAUCACAUGUUUAGUGGUUAUUUUAUCAGUGAAAAUAUACAGAUGGAGACAGUCUCGCGUCCUCUAUCAUUCCAAUCUCCCGGUUAUUCCGUAUUAUCCACCGCGUUACGCAGACACCUUGGGGACAGGAACUCUACAGCACGUGUACAAUUACGAGGUGUGCAGGACGACUGACUCCAGAAAGAGUGACUGUAAGUUCGUCAGACCCUGUAGUCAGAACGUACUGAUAAUGGACCCCAGUUCUACAGGGACGAUGCAGCGGAUACAGAGUGAAAAUAACAUCCUGGAUGAACCAGACUCUCCACUAGAGUACCUCCCAUAUUCCCUCAGUGUCAGAGAGUGA